AUGUCCCAGGCUUUGCUACAGGCCAUCAGUAUGAGCAAGUUUGAUGGUUCUGAUGUCAAUUCCACAUCGAUGACACGUUUCGCAGCGAACGCUAUGAUGACUGCCGAGAAUUCACAGUGCAGCAGCAACUGCAGCACAAUCGUUAAUACACCUACGGGCAGAUCAGCACGAAUGCGUUGCACUUCAGCGACCUCUAGUUUGGAACUAGGAUAUUCGCACACGGCACAAAACUCCGCAAUCUUUUCGGAGACAAUCAGUUUUCCAAGCACUAUUUACGACAGAUGUAAGAAGACAGGUACUGAUAUUGCGAGUGAGACGAGUGGCAUAUAUACGUUGAGAAGCAAUGAAAUACAGGACGAAAGAAUCGGCGAUGAUUUAUAUUCAUCUACUAGUGAGAUCAACGAGUCUUCGGCAGCGAGCAAUGUUUGUGUUCUUAGCUGCGUUCAAUCCGCUACCGACGAGGCGUCUGUUACGUCUGGCUUUUAUACUAUCCACAGCGGGUUGCAGUCAGAGAGUAGCGAUGUAUAUAUUGAGAACGUCGGCACGGAAGAUCAGGAACCGAUAUACAGCAUAUGUAAAGAUGAUGACGAAGUCCUACUAAAUCAACAACUCGAGAACUCGCGUUCACGUAGCAAUAGUAUACUCAGCGCAGGCAGCUUUCGAGGCGACGGAAGUGAUCCGUCCAGCGUAAGACCACUUCUAUCAGCCGACGAAUUAUCAGAUCUGAUAGUAGGUCGGUAUCCUCCACGUAAGACUAUCAGCAAUUCUAUGGAUUCGGAUUGCGAUUACGUGACUAUGCCACCGCCUCCCCCACCACCUUCACACCCACAACCACUUAGCCCGGACAACGAUCGACAACUGCCGCUGCCGCCACCGUAUCCGAUAGAAAAUAUUGAUUACGCGACGAUUAAUGUUCAGAAAAAAUCGAGCAAACCGGAAAUAGAUCGAGAACGGGAACCACCGCCACCACCACCGCCGUAUAACACGAUUCGAGAUGACUUUGUUCCAUUGCCACCCAGACGGACCAAUCCGCCACCGCCUCCGUAUACCUCACAACGAGAAAAAAUUCAGAUACCGCCGCCCACACCGCCGCGGAACGACGCGGUAACGCCACGAGAACCACCACCGCCUCCACCGCCUUAUCCCGAUAUGUCAACGGUGUCCAGUCUCGUUCCGAGGAUUACGAGGACCACCAACGACAUUACAGUAAACCUCGCACCGAAACCACCCCCUAGGAUACAACCUCCUACUUACCCAGGUGAUAAAAUGAAACCUACUCCGGUACACGCUCCGGUUGCCGCUCUCGUGGUGGGCCCAAACAAUUAUCUGGAUGUGCAUGCCUCUCGAAACGGUCCGGCGCUUUUACCAUAUUUAACAGCAAUGCCACCACCGCCUCCACCGCCGAUGGUACAUCCGCGACAACCACCGCCACCACCAUCGCCGCCACCGCUGCCGCCACAACCGCCAUCCAGUCUGUCGACUGUUUAUACGAAUCAAAUUACUCGAUCGCAAAUAGAACAAUACAAACAGCAGCUCUAUUCUGAUGUUGACUAUGUUAUGUUUCCGCUCAAAGAUCCAGCAGUGUCGAAGCAGGAAUACAUCGACGCCAAGCAAGGUUCUCUUCUUGCAGCUAUGGCCGCCUAUCCGCCACCGCCGUAUCCGUCUUUUAGCAAAUCCUCAGUGAUGUAUCGUAGUACGCCCUAUCUUCCCGGUUCUUCCUUUUCCUCGCAGUCCAAAUAUGCGUCUAAUCAAAAUUUGAGCACUAGCGACAUCAACAAUUCUGGCAGUAACUAUCUGUUACAUAAUAAUCUAAACAGUCAUUAUGCUGCUAGCACGAGCUCACUGUACAGUGGCCCGAGCUGUUCGUCCAGUCACAGUCUCAGAAGAGAACCUUCUGUACUAGCUGAUCCUCAUACGUUGCACAUAUUGUCGCGGACCAGGAGUGAUGAGAACAUUCUUAAAUGUUUGGAUACUUUGGUCACGGGUAAAAUGCAAUCUCUACCACAAUCCAAACAUCGUAGGUUACCGCCGCCUCCGCCACCACCUCCUUAUGAAAUACAGAAUCUUGACAAAAAUCAGCCAUUACCAUCAGCUUCUUCGGCAACAGCUCCUUCGUUGAUUGCCAUGAAAUUGUAUAAACCUAGCAAAUCUAGCAAUGGCAUAGACGAUAGUGACGAGAACGACGAUAUGCUAGAUAUUCGAACGCUUCGCGAAAAGAGUCGCAACUUAGACUUACCAUUAAUCUCCGCACUAUGCAACGAUCAAUACUUGCUGAAGCAGACGAAAGCCUUUGUCUUACCAAAGCAUCCUAGCGAAACCACUUCCAUCUCAACAUCAAUGAAAAAUAGCAUACGGAGCAGUAACGGAGCGACCUCCAGCAAAAACAAGUAUCCGGUGAGCGGAUUGUCAACGACACAAAUUCAGAAAUCACCUAAGAAGUCCUCAACGAGCACUCAUAAGCAUCCUUCUGAAGCAAAGAACAAUUCUUGUAAGAUCAACACUUCCACUACAGGAAUUUCAACGAAUAAGGAAGACUUUACAUCUCACUCUUAA